AGGAAAAUGGAACCUUCAGCCUCAAGAAAGAAAUCAUUAACUGAUGACCGAUUCCCGCUCUCUUUCUACUACAGAAUCGCUGAUCAACUUGUGGACCAGGCUAAGACCUUUAGGGAUGAACAAAGAGUACAUGAUCUUUACACAACUCUAAGCAAAUAUUGCAGGCUUGCUGGGGUGUUACCUCAACAUAAGGGUUACACAACCUACUCUCCAAGAGAAAAGCUCCAUCACAAGAAGAUAUAUCAAGACUUCAUCCAGGAACUAGAAAUGUUGAAGCCUGUGGUUGGCCGUGAUUUUUGGUCUCAAAAGAAUAAUUCUCUUUCAAGCAUUACUGAGAGGAAGGUAACAAGUUGCUGUACUGUAGGAACAAAAAGUCAGAGUCUCACCAGAGCUUAUGAGGAAAAAACUGGGUUGGCAUCUGUUUUUACAGUGGAUACUACCACUGCAAAGGAUCGGAAUAUUAACGUGCAUACUGUUACGCUGUCUUCUCCUUCUCCCAGUCUUUCCUAUGUACAUAGCAUGCCUUAUGCUGGCCAUGUUUCACAUCUCAGUGUUGCUGAUUCAGAAGAUGGGGUCUCAAACUCCUCAUCAAAUGGGACCUCAGAAUCCAGGUUCCUUCAAGAUGUACAUAUUUCAGCAAGGUUGAUGGAAGAUUUUCUUGAACUUGCUAGAGAGAACACGGACAAGGAUCUAGAGACCUGUGGGAUUCUUGGUGCUUUUCUUAAGAAGGGGACCUUUUAUGUAACCACUUUAAUAGUUCCUAAGCAGGAAUCUGCUUCCAAUUCUUGUCAGGCACUAAAUGAGGAAGAGAUUUACGCCAUACAAAAUGAGCAGUCACUCUUUCCCAUAGGCUGGAUCCAUACGCAUCCUUCUCAGAGUUGUUUCAUGUCAUCAGUAGAUUUGCACACUCAUUACCCCUAUCAGGUAAUGGUGCCCGAGGCUUUUGCCAUUGUCAUGGCUCCAACUGAUACCUCAAGGAGCCAUGGAAUAUUUCGUUUGACUGAUCUAGGUGGUAUGCCUGUCCUGAAAGAGUGCCCAGAGAGGGGAUUUCACUCUCACCAGAAUCCACCUGAUGGUAGUCCACUAUAUGAGAACUGCUCUAAUGUUUAUAUAAAUCAAAAUCUGAGGUUUGAAAUCUUUGAUUUACGUUGAUUAGUGGAUGCUUAUGCUAGUGCAAGAGGAUGAUUAUAUGACAAAGUCCUUUGAGUUUAUUGGGUUUUAUGAGUUCAGUUAUGCUUCCAAACCAAACUGGCCAGAAAACUGUGUUUAUGUAAUAUACAUAUUUGUAAGUAAUGCAAUAUGAACUCUCUAUUUUGCUAUU